UUAAGAUCGAGGGGUCGGUAGAAAAGAAAGAUCAUACAAAAAACCAGGCCAUAACUGUGUGUGAAAAGAAACAGAGAAGUUUUUGAGAAAGGAAAAGCCAUUUUGAGCAGCAGCGACACAGCAGCCAGGAAUUCACUCAAUAGGUCACCAUUAGAUGACCCGCUAUUGAGCUCACUCCAGUUCUCUGUGUUCAACUGAAAACUAGCUCUUGGUCUUCGCCGAAAUGCAGGUACCGCUUCGACGCCUCCAAUGCGGAGUAAAUAGCUACGACUGGGGCAAGGUUGGUCUCGAGUCCGCGGCUGCUAAAUAUGCGGCCGCCACUGCAGCCUCUGAUUUUUCUGUUGAAUCAGAGAAGCCUUAUGCUGAACUAUGGAUGGGGACCCAUCCGUCUCUUCCGUCGAAAGACCUCGAAACGCAGCGUACCCUGCUCGACCUAGUCCAGGAUAAUGUGGCUUUGAUUUCACCCGAAGUUAGUGACCGAUAUGGCGGCAAGCUUCCCUUCCUCCUUAAGGUGCUGUCGAUCCGAAAAGCUCUCAGCAUCCAAGCCCAUCCGAACAAGAAGCUUGCUGAAAAACUCCACGCGCGGGAUCCCCGAAACUACCCAGAUGACAACCACAAGCCGGAGAUGACCAUCGCAAUCACACCCUUCGAAGGCCUCUGUGGCUUCCGGCCGCUAGCUGAGAUUGCCCAUUUCCUUAGAGCUGUUGCACCCCUCCGUGGUCUCGUCGGACAGACCGCAGCCGAUUUUGAGAAUGUGGUCAGGGGAUUCGAGGACUCGGAUGACCUAGAACAGACAAGGAAAAACAAAAGCGCCUUGCGAACGCUUUUUACUGCGUUAAUGAACUCGCCUCCUGAGCAAAUUGAAGCGGCCGCGCAAGAACUUGUCACAUCUGCUCAGAAUUCUCCAGAGACCUUUGCGUCUCUUGUCAAUGCCCCGGACACAAAUCCCACCAACCCUGUCGAAUUGGCAUCUGUUGUCGUCCGCCUGAACGAACAGUUCCCCAACGACAUUGGUCUCUUUGUCUUCUUUUUCCUCAAUUUCGUCCGUCUGAACCCUGGGGAGGCGAUGUUCCUCAAGGCGGAUGACAUCCACGCCUAUAUCUCUGGAGACAUCGUUGAGUGCAUGGCUUCAUCCGAUAACGUUGUGCGGGCGGGCUUCACACCCAAGUUCAAGGAUGUGGAUACUCUCACCGACAUGCUAACCUACUCAUACGCACCCAUUGAGGAACAGAAGCUGGGGCCCACGGAUUACCCGUAUGUCGUGCUGAAUGCUCCGGCUUACUCGAGCGCCUCAGAAUCUCUUCUUUAUGACCCGCCGAUCGAAGAGUUUAGCGUUGUCAAGACGGACCUCCGUCGCACACGUGCAAAGGCAACAUUUGAUUCAUUGAACGGCCCGAGUAUCUUAAUAUGCACCGGGGGCGAAGGUAAGAUUACGGUAGGCCACAAGACGGAAGAAGUCAAGGAGGGAUACGUGUUCUUCGUUGGCGCAAAUGCAGAAUGCAUUAUCGAGAACACCGGGACUGGACCUGACGAGGAGAAUGUUUUUACUACAUUCAAAGCUUUUUGUGAUCUGACAGGGAAGGAGGGUAUGGUCAAUGGACACUAGAGGGGAC